UCCUCCUACGUGGUCAAUCAAUACGUGUUAUAGGCCAGCUGGGUCCAGACCCAAGAGGGAGAGGCGUAGAGAAAGAGAGAGAGAGAGAAGGUGUGAUACCAAGAGAAAGAGAGAACACAAAGAACAAGGACCCCAAGAAAAUGGGGCGUAAUUACGAUGCGAGGACAUUGGGAGCUCAGCCCUGGGCCUUUAUGCCAAAAUAAUAAAAUAUUUGCAAGAGGUUAUCAAUGUAAUGCAUCAUGAUAUGAAUCAUAAAAGACAAGAUAAACUACACAAUAUUUUAACCAUCAUAUAUGUGAAGCUAUAUGUGACCCAUCUGAACUUAUCCCUAAAUGGCGAAAUGAUAGGUGAAUAUGAAUGGUGUAGAAGCCCUAAACCUUGUUGUAAGCCUAAACUUGACAUUAACUGUAAACCUGUCCUUCAAAUCUGAUUGGUUAAUAGAAAUGUUGUUCCAGGAUCAACGAGGUUGUUGGUCCAGGAAUUCGUUCACCUUGCUUCGGUGAGUAGUUUUAGCAAAAAAAUUCAGGUUAUCCGUACUGCUGCUUGAUGUGUGUGUUCGCAACGGUCUACUGUCAUUAAAAUAACCGCUGGCAACUCUCUACUCACAGUAAUGCGAGACAACGGUAAUGUAGUAAACAGGUUGACGGCAAGAGAAAAUAUUCAGGCUAUAACCCCAAAACCCCUGGGGAGGAGGUGAGGAAAAGAAGACCAAAAAAUGACAACAAAAGAACAGAAAGAGGUAAAAGGGUAACAAUAACAACCGCAGGAGGAAGAACAGGGAAACCUUUGACCUGAGAGUGUGAGAGAGACGGAGAGAGACAGCGAGAAAGAAAGAAACCCAAAUGAAAGACGUCUUGUGGCUAAAUUCCAUUAUCUUCUGUGAGAGAGAAUUAUAUCAGCCCUUAAGUGCUUUCAUCAGACUUCUUAACCCCAAGAGAAGGACACAGAAGGUUGGAAAGAUUGAAGGAUGUUCAGGGGGCGACAUGAAGGUCUGUGGCGUGAGUUAAUGUUCCGAGCUGCUUAAGCCGCCUAAUACCACACGUAAAUUGUCCCUACUACCUGCCAGAUAUCAGUAAAAUGGAUGUCCUGAGAAAUCACUCCUAUCCCUGUUGUCCCUUUUCCACGUACAGGGUGCCAGAGCCCGAUAUAGAACUGUUCAAUGUGUUUCCACUGCAGAAAAGUCGGUUCUGGAAUGGAAAAAUUGGCUCUGCAUUUGCCCCUAAAAGCUGCUGGGUUUUAGGUCCUUAAAACUCAUAAGACUAGUAAACAAAGUGUACUAUGUGCUGUUUACUUGUGAGCAGGUUUUCUAUAGUUAGUUACAUGAACGUUUAGCUCUCAAGUCAGUACAUUGUACUUUGAAGAAAAGGAGUUUAUUUGAAAAGAGUUUUGAUGUAUAGGCUAGUACGGUAUAGAAACGUACCUUUUUAAGCAGAAAUAUGCUUUAUAAAUGUCUAUUUUGCAUCAUACAGCUGUGCAUACACAAAUAAUCUUUGUUAGCAUUGUGUGUGCAGUCUACAGUACCUUUCCUUCAUGUUCACCCCUAUUUCUUUCCUCUAAGCUUUGGGUUUAUUGCUGAAUUUCUCUCCAAAUAGAAGCCCAUUUAGUGAAUUCAUCAUCUCCAUAACAUGCGGAACAGCAAUGCCAGGCAUUCGUAAAUUGCUUCUUUAUUGCACAAUCCAUUAUGUAAUGGUAUAUUUGCUCAAGGUAGUAGAUAUCACAUUGUGUGCGAACAGCGGACUGUUUAUAAACCUGUCCAGAACUCACAAUGCAUUUCUUUUUCUUUUUUUUCCCCAAAAUUGAUUUUUUUUUUUUUUUUUUUUGGUAUGUAAUUGAUGCACAAAUUGAUAUUUUAGGUCAGUGAGCAGUAAAAGUAUGAUUAUUUUGUGUUUGUGGUUUUAGGCCUACAUAUAUUGACUCGGAAUAAUGUCAUUAUGUAUUGUAUAUUACCUACUUUAUUUAUUAUUUUAUUAUUUUAUGAGUCACCUCUGCUUGACUGUCCAAGCUGGAGGCGGUAUUAACAAGUGUUUCUUAGAGGGAAAGAUGACCCCACCGGCUUGCGUAUUAUAAUAAUUUGUGUAAAAUCAUUUCAGAAAUCAUAAACUGUCUCCAAGGAUCUGGCUCUAGGGUUAGUUUUGUCUUCUAUUUUCUCAUGAAUGUUACAGUAAGAAGGAAAUAUUGAUUGUGCAUCCUUGCAUGCACAAACACCACCCUUGAACACAUGCAAAUACUAGCACAUUGUUGGCUACAGGUCAUAACAGACCACAACACAUGUUUUGUUUAUCACAGUUGCUAAAACUAUUUUCUCCGUGUUUAAUUUAACCGUUUUUUGCUAGUUAUAGCACUUUAAUUCUACGCAACAGCUUUUUAAUGACAGCUGAAGUCCUUCAUUGCACUUGGUCUUUAAGGACAAGCAUGGCCCAUUAUGGAUUUUUGUUUUGUUCUGAAAGCUUUUGGCUGAAUAUGUUGUUAUCUAAAUACGAUAGACAAUGUAAAAGCAUAAACUGCUAGGCUAUGCACUUUUUUAAUGGUUCUUAAUUCAGGCUGCAUAUUCCCAGAUCUUUAUAUUUUAUGUGGUCAUGUGCUACAGAAUGUGAGGCACAAAAUCUUGUUCUUCGCCAUCAUUUGUGUGUAUAUAUACGCAUUAAGCAUGAGUGUUUCCCAUGACCUAGUUCCUGCACGUGCUCUGAAGAGCUGCAGCUCGAGACCCCCUUCCCCUGGGGACACGCGAGGGGAAAACAAAAAGAAAAUGUGCUCUUUUAUACGCAUGAACGGAUGAGCACAGUAAAACUGGGAUGCGCCUCGUAUUGCAUUCUUCUUUCGAUGCAAUAAAUAUUCUGAUGCAAUAAAUCUUCAAUAUAUAAUGGUUCAUUUUUCAUAUCUUAAUCUGUUUUUGGUUUAGACUACAACUGUCUAUGGUCAUAUCCGUAAUAACCAAUAUGAACAAUGCAUUGUUCCUUUUCAUACUGAAGGCUUAGAUGAAAAAUACUGGGUUGUUUUAAACUAGUAUGCUUUUUCUUCUUCUGUGGAACACAAAAGAAGACAUUUUUGCUCGGUUUGAGUUACUUUGUUCUGGCUACAAUGAAAGUGAAUGGAAAAUGGAGACGUUGAACUUAAAAAAAAAAAAGGACAAUGGAUCUUUAUGCACCAUAUUUGAAUGUAUGUGAAUUGUAUUGCUCUAUUUUGAAAGGCAGUAUUUUCAGCAAAUUCAUAUUGACCAGUUUUUUGAUGUUUGUUUAUUUAUUUAUUUUUUGUCAUUUUUGGAGCUUGACAGCUCCAGUCCCCAUCCACUUACACUGUAAAAUAAAUAAAUAAAUAAUAAUAAUUGUGGGUUUAACUUAAAAAAGUAAGUUACCUGGUUGCCUUAAAAUUUGGAGUUCAUUGAAAUUAAAAAUUUGAGUUGAUACAAUGAAGGCUAUACGAACCACAUUAACUAUUGAAGUUGAUUUGACAAAAGAAAAAAAUGUUGUGAUAACAAAAUAUGAAAAUAUUACUGUACAUUGGAUAGGAGCUGUAUUUUUGUGUUCCAUAUAAAGAAAGAAAGCCAUAUGGCUUUAGAUACUUUAAUUCAUUCUUUCAUUUAUGUAGAGCAGACCGGUUGAAAUGGCUCAGGGAUGCAUUGGUUAAAAACUCGCUGCAGCAGCAGCAGCAGCAGCGCGAGCAGCCACGCCUCUCCCUUCCCGGUGCUUGACGCUCCGGACUCGCGCUAGUUGUCUGAGAAGAAGGGAUUUUUUGAAGGGAUAGUGGAGGAAAAACAGCCUAAUGGGUGAGAGGAAAAGAAUGUGACAAGCGCAGUCAGUGUGUGAGUGCCCAGUGCCGCUCGCGCUGCUGCACCUGUCCCUCUCUGUCUCGCGCGCCCAAACUCGGCAGGCAGGCUCGCGCGGAGGGCGGGCGUUAUCCAGUCAGCGGCGCACAACACGGUCAACCUAAUCAUGACUUCGUCCUACAAUCUGGAUUUUCUACCCGAGAUGAUGGUGGAGGGACGAUUGCUGAGUGCCGGAGAGAGGAUUAACGGUACAGCUGGGAAGAUGAACGGCGCCCUGGAACACUCAGACCAGCCUGAUCCGGACGCCAUUAAGAUGUUUGUGGGUCAGAUCCCUCGAUCCUGGUCCGAGAAAGAGUUAAAGGAGCUUUUUGAGCCGUAUGGAGCCGUCUACCAGAUCAACAUACUGCGAGAUCGCAGUCAGAACCCACCACAGAGCAAAGGGUGCUGUUUUGUCACAUUCUACACACGGAAAGCUGCCCUGGAGGCCCAGAAUGCACUGCACAACAUAAAGACCUUAACUGGGAUGCACCAUCCCAUACAGAUGAAGCCCGCAGACAGUGAGAAAUCAAAUGCGGUGGAGGACAGAAAGCUGUUCAUCGGCAUGGUGUCGAAGAAAUGCAAUGAGAACGACAUCCGGGUCAUGUUCUCUCCCUUCGGACAGAUCGAGGAGUGCCGCAUCUUGAGGGGACCAGAUGGACUCAGCCGAGGAUGUGCGUUUGUCACGUUUUCUACCAGGGCUAUGGCACAGAAUGCAAUCAAAGCCAUGCAUCAGUCUCAAACCAUGGAGGGCUGCUCCUCCCCCAUGGUGGUGAAGUUUGCCGACACGCAGAAGGAUAAGGAACAGCGACGGCUGCAGCAGCAGUUGGCACAGCAGAUGCAGCAGUUGAACAGCGCGUCUGCCUGGGGCAGCUUGACCGGCCUGACUGGCCUCACCCCGCAGUAUCUGGCAGUAAGAGGACACACCCACGCAGCCACGCCCACCAGCAGCACAGCCAGCGCAGCCGCCGCAUUGCUCCAACAAGCGACCACCUCCAGUAACCUAGGAGCAUUCAGUGGUAUUCAACAAAUGGCAGGUAUGAAUGCUCUGCAGUUGCAGAAUCUGGCCACUCUAGCAGCAGCAGCGGCUGCAGCGCAGAGUUCGGCCAGCCCGUCCACCGCUAGCGCCCUGACCUCCAGCACAGGGUCCCUGGGAGCCCUGGCCAGCCCAGCAGGUUCCACGGCUAACUCCAGCGCGGGUGCGAUGGGUUCCCUGGGUUCUCUGGGGACACUGCAGGGUCUGGCCGGGGCCACCGUGGGCCUCAAUAACAUAAAUGCACUAGCAGGUAGCGUCAACAUUGCUCACAUGCUCUCAGGUAUGGCAGCUUUGAACGGCGGGCUGGGCAGUACGGGCCUGAGUAACGGGUCGGCCGGGCCCAUGGACGCUCUCACACAGGCCUACUCAGGGAUCCAACAGUACGCGGCUGCCGCCCUGCCCACCCUCUACAGCCAGUCCCUACUGCAGCAACAGAGCGCUGCGGGCAGCCAGAAAGAGGGACCUGAAGGAGCCAACCUGUUCAUCUACCACCUGCCACAGGAGUUUGGGGACCAGGACAUCCUACAGAUGUUCAUGCCUUUCGGAAACGUGGUGUCUGCCAAAGUCUUUAUCGACAAACAGACCAAUCUGAGCAAGUGCUUUGGUUUCGUCAGUUAUGACAAUCCUGUGUCAGCGCAGGCCGCCAUUCAGGCAAUGAACGGGUUUCAGAUCGGCAUGAAGCGUCUCAAAGUCCAGCUCAAGCGCUCGAAGAACGACAGCAAACCGUACUGAUCUUAGCACUAGGGCCUCUCUCAUGUUACACUGCUAGGGUAAGUCCCCACUGCUGCCACGGUUACCAAACUGGGACUCCGGGGGGAGGGGGUGCACGAGGGGGGGAGUUUCACCCUUUGACCACCAGAGGGAGCCACUCUCCCAUAACAUUCUUUUCAGCUUUUUUUAAUUAAUAACAGUAUUAUUAUUAUUUUGUCUCCUUUUUUCCACAUGAACGCUUCCAUUUCCGCCAUUUUUUUGUAUGACUUGCGAUGAAUGAACAGCUAUUAUUGGUAUUUUUUAUUUUUCCUUUGGGUCAUGUGUAAACUAUUUGAUUUUUUUUUUAAAGUAAAUAUUUAUACAGUGGCUAUUUCAUUAUAUGACGAUAACAACAGCAGAAAGGAACGAUGUAUAAAGUAUUAUUUGUUUCUCUUUGUGAACCUGAGGCUUGUAAGGACAAGUAGAGAAGGUUCCGAUAUGAUUAAAGCACCAAUAUGCACAUUAACCUUUGCCCUUUGGCCUCUGGUGUCGGUUCAGGGCUUUGCUGCUCCUUCGAACCCUUGGCCCACUGGCACUAGAGAGGAAAGGGUUAAACCCGCUGUGGCCUCUCUGUAGUCAACGGCAACAACUGCCUAAACAGCUUCCUCAACAAAUACUUGCCGUCAAAUGUUCAGUGAUUUUUUUUUUUUUUUCAUUCAUUUUUUUGUCAGAAAGGUUUUUUUUAGUUGUUGUUUUUUAUUUGUUUGUUUGUUUGUUUGUUUUUUUGAAGAAAAAAUUAGUCCGACUUUUACGCGUCAGAUAAUUGUGGUCUUCGUCCAACUGAAUUUGUGUAGAGCAUUAAAAAGAUUUUGAUCUGUCGAUGGUUAAAAAGAAUAAAGCAUUCUAGGUUCUAUGUGGAGGGGUGGGGAACUGAAAACUUGAUGUUUAUCGAAAGAAAAAAAAACUUAAAUUGCAGAAAGCCACAGGCCUGUAAAUUUUAUUUGUAAAAAAAUGCAGUUCUAUUUUUAUACAAAAUUUCUACUGCCUCUGAAGUAAAGGACUUUAUUUAUUAUCUUUUAAGUUAUUGGGUUCGGAAAGUCGUGCUCUCUCUAUCCUGAGCCUCGUCCGGUAGUCUUCUUAAACCACACAAUCUGUGUGACGAGAUCACGUACAAAACCCCUCGUUUUCUUUCUUUCUUUCUUCCUUUCUCUCUCUCACCAUUUCCCACAAUCCCAUCUGUCACGUCCCCAUCAUAUCUCUGUCUCGACUCUCUCUUCCUCUUCUCUCUUUGGUCAUAAGUAGUGGCACUUCAUAAGUAAAAUCUCUCUUUUUCGUUUCAUUUCGUUUCGUACUGUUUGGUUUUUGUUCGUACGCUCCAGACAAAAAAAAAAACAAAAAACAAAACUGAAUAGUUUCUCCCAAACGGCAAUCCAUCUGCGGUCUCGGAUCGGACCAGGAUGGAUACUUUUGGGUGUGUGUGUCUGUAUGGAGGAGAUGGAGUGUGUGUUCGUACUCUGUGUGUGAGCGAGUGCCUCAUUUACAUGUACGUGUUGGCAAUCUAUUCCAAUUGUGUGUAUUGUACGAUAAAAAAGAAAACAGUUAAAAAUGCUAAUGUGAUGUUGGUGAAACGCUGGUUAAUAGCGCUGCUGCUGUUUGUUUGUUUGUUUGUUUGUUUGUUUUGUUUGUUCGUUUGUUGUUCUCAUGGUUUAAUGAUGUUAGUUGUGUGCCGGAGCUGUGUGUGUAACUCUCCUCUCCCGUUUUCUUCCCUAGAACUCAUCUCCAUGACUCUAUGCUCAUCGUUUGCCUAGCAUGUCUACGUGGCGUACAAAAAAAAAAAAAAGUCUCAUCGUCCCGUCAUUGUUUCUGAUGUCUUUCUGAGUUCUCCUGCUCAUAAUCUGGUCUCCUUUUACUGAUCUUUGUACUUUUAUCUUAGCCUGAUCUUUUUGGAUUUGAAAUUUUUCGCAUGUGACCUCAUUUUGAGCUUUUUUCCUGUGUUUUGUUUUGUUUUGUUUUUUGUUUUUGAUUUAACUGGUGAGGGAGGGAGCGAGGGAGGGAAGGAAGGAAGGGAGGAAAGACAAAAAAAAAACAAUAAUAAUAAUAAUGUGAAAACGCUGCAUUCACACUCUAGAGACAGAGUAUAUUUACUAACAUAACCAGAGCAUCAUUUUAAGAAAACAAACAAAAAAAAACCUAAAAAAAAAAAAAAAAAAAUUCCUGUGGCAAAACAAUUACGAAUAUUUGCGUUUGACUUUUUUUUUCUUUGUUUUUUAUUCGUCAGAUUGUUUUUUUUUUUUUCUCUCUCUCUCUCUUUCUCUCUUUAUGUUGUUUUUUUUUUUCAUUCAUUUAAAGUAAACUUGAACGUUCAAUACAGGGAUUGGCGUUGGGACUUACUGUCGGCGACACUCUUAUUUUGAGGCCUGCCGUAAGAAACCCUCGCUGGUUUCUAAACGAAUAGACUACUUCCACGCAGUUUUAAUAAUAAAAAAUAAAAAAAAGCUGCCUGAUCGAUAUUAGAAUCUCUCAGAGCUUGCUCGUGGUUUUUACAUUUUUCAGGCAGUGUAAAGUUUUUUGAUAAGGCCAUUUUAAGUGGCUUGAUUUCUCAUUAAAGUCUAUAUAAAACCACUUUUUUCUAGAGUAGUAAAGGUAUUAAGAAAAACACACACACACACACACAUACACACACACAAGAUUGCCCUGUUUGGGGGGAAAUGCUACCUACGUGUCACACCUUUUGCUGAACUGACUUACAGUUAGACAAUCCGUGGUUUAAAUGCACAUGAAAUGACCUAUAUUUUAUACUGUUUAAAUGUAUAGAGGAAAAAAAAACAGAGUUUGUGUAACCCGCGGUCCCGUCGGUGCUUUUCGUGGAUAAAGUCGUGGUUUCAUCAAGUCUAACAGUCUUAUUUGUCUCAUGUUUUUAAAGAGAAGACUAAAAAUCAAUUUACUUGAACAAUAGACAAAGCCUUUCAUAAGUACUAUUACUACUACUUUUUUUUUUCUUGUUUUUUUUUUUUUUUUUUUUUUUUUUUUUUGUUUGUUUCUUUUUUUUUUUUAUAGGAGUCCCUCUUUGCUAAAUUUCUUGUUGGGUAAUUAGCUAUAUAAAAAUUAUUAAAAGUUACAGUGUCGGCUUGUGAAGCAUCUAUGUCAUUAUAUUAUUUUAUUUCUAUUGUGGGAAACAAUAUUUAGAUGUGUUAUGUUGUUCAGCAAAAUGUGAUUUUUUUUUUCUUAUAAAGAAAAAACAAGAUGAGUGGAAUUUAGUGCCAAAUUCUGACGGUACAUCCUGCCUACAGCUUCAGUGUUUUACUUGUGAAAUUAUUUGAUAACAUGGGUAUUUUAUUACGUAAGUGUUUUGUAUGGAACCCUCAUAUUUAAAGAUAUAGAUUUAAAAAAGGUUGUUAACUUGCUCUUCUGUGGUCUUGUUGCCUGAAAAUGUUCAUGUUUUUGCUUUUCUUUCUUUUUUUUCUUUAUUUGUAAAGAUGUAAAAAGUGCCCAUGUGUCAUAAUCACUCUCACAAGCACACACACACACAUACACACACAUAUACACACACACACACACAGGUAAGCACAUACGCAUGCACGCAUACACACACCUGUGCUAAAGGUUGACCUCACAACCCUCUUUUCUUUGAAGGUGUGUGUAUGUGAGCCCCUGAGAUUGAGUCUCAGCAGUUCUCCUUACACACACACACACACACACACACACACACACAAACACACACACACAGAGAUUAAGGGUCCACUUAUGCCACAGAAGGCCCAAAUUUCACAGGACAAAUUCAUCCGCUUUGUGUUUGUCAGUGAACAAUUUCUGUAUGAUGGGACAAAAUAUUGACGCAUUUAUGUGAAUUGUGAAUCAGGCGUUGAACUUUUGACCAUCAUGAUAUAAUACAGGGCCAUCACGACAGCCUCUUAAUCACAUAAUCAUUACACAAAAGCUGAUCUGUGUGUUCCUCCACGUUAAAUUCUAAACGUCUCAGUGUAGUCUCGCUUUCUGCUGCCUUUAUCAGGACUAUUUUACGUUCGUAGAACAACCAAAACUUCGUCCUGAUGCCAAAGUAGUUCAACGUGAUCCGCAGUGUUCAAUAGCGCCUGUAGCACUUUGCUGUAAACGUUUACACAUCGUUCAGACGGCCCGUAAAAAAUAUUGUUUACAAACGUAGUUUACAGGCAGCCCCCUCAAACCAGUUUACUUCACUCUAUAGCACUAUUUUAUACCCAAGCUCUGCCGUUGCCUUAACACGUUGAUCAGUAUUAAUGGGCUGGAAUACAUUGCUGCACAUUUAAAAGUGUGCCAAGGGUGUGUGUGUGUGUGACUGUGUACAGGUGUGUGUGUGUGCUAUGAUUGGUUGUCUAUUUGUCCAUAUUAUUUCUCUUUAGCCAAAACUGGAUCUGCAAAAAUUUGUGUCAGUUAAAACAAAACAAAAAAACUCGUUUGUUUUUUGUUUUUUUUAAAAAGUUAAAUUUCCGUACAAACAGAACAAAUUUUUUGUAAAAUCAUUCUUACGUGAAUUACUAUAUAUGUGCACAAAGAAUUCGUAUAAAUUGUUCGCAAACAUGUUUAAGUACAUUUUUGGCUCGUGAGAACAAUUUAUUUCUAUUUUUUUUUUUGUACAUCAUUCUUGCGUGACCUAUGACCAUUUUUAAGUAUUGUCGCACACAUGCAGAAAGAAUUUGUGCAAAUUGUUUGUACAAAUAUUGCAACUGUUCUUGAAACUAAACUGUAAAAAAAUCAAAAGCUGAGACAACCAUCUGCAGGAGAUUUUUGAGUUAUCUCAACUUGUAAAUUGAACAACAAGAAGUUGAGAGAACUCAAAAAUCUCCUCCAGCUUGUUGCCUUAAAACUUAAAGUUUUCUCAACUUUAUUUUUUUUUUACAGCGUACCUGAACUGUUACCUGACCUAUGGCCAUUGUUGCGCACAAGAAAAUUUGUUGUUUCGUUAAUUUAUGUACGAAUGGUUUAACGAAUGGUUUAUACGGAAAUUAGCUCUGUUCGCGUUUCACGAAUGCGGCCCGAAAUUGGAAAUUUCGUUUACCCCUUAACGCGUACGUUACAUAUUGGGAAGUUCGAGUCGGUCAGUUUAUGAUAUACUGCUCUCUUUGCCAAAUCGUAUAACCACUAGCACAAACAGAAAAGCACAUGCGCAUUAGCACACGCAGUAUUAAAACUGACGACUUCUUAUGCUUACCUAGUACAACAGUCAAGGCGAUAGAAUUGCUGCUUAACCCUCCCAUAAAGUUGUCGAAAACUUUGACCGAGUUCUAAGCGGCAUGUAGGGAAUUGUAAUUAUGCUACAUUUUUCGUGGAAUGCAUCUUGUUUGAUCUCAUUUGAUUCGUUUGACUUGAUGUAACAUCACUCUAUAAUGAACUGCCGUUCGGCUUAAGUGUUUUUACCUCAGCUCAGCGCAGAAAUAUGGAUAUUCGGUCGUUUCCAUCUCGGCGUUCGACUUCGUUUACCACAAUCAACUUCAGACAUACAGGGUAAGCAUUCACGGCCAGCACAAUUUCACACACACACACACACACAUUUGUUAGAUGUUUAGUAAAGCACAAACUCACAGGAGUUCUCGCUGAGACUCUUCACUCAGGGGUUUUACGCACCACACGCAUCUGAAAUCUGUUUGUUGUUUCUUUUGUUUCUUUCUUUCUCUUAAGUGCUAUUUAACAAGUGUAUUUUAAAGAAAAAAAGAUGUGUAGUUUCUUUGCAUUUUGGCUUCCGUCAAGUUUUUUGGAAAUGUAUGUGUUUAUCUAAUGUGCCGUAACAAAAGCUUGUCGUCUGUAGAUUAAUAUCAUUUUGUUUGAUUCUAAAAAGAUUUAAAUAGUUUUAAGUAUUGUCUUGAGAAAAGCCAAAGUCAAUGCAUUUCAGUGGAUUAUGUAAGCGUGAUACAUGUUUGUUUGACAACACUUUGAAAAUCUGUCAUUGGAUGGGAAUUUAAAAAGUACAAAAAAAGCAGGCUUUCCUAUUUCUAUCACUGAUUGUACUUAUGCCUUUUGUACCAGUGGAACUUUUUAUACUGGCAAUUAAAGGAAAAGAAAAAAAAAAACUAUCCGACAGGCUGCACGGCCCCGGCCAGGGGCCGACAGCAACUGGUUCCCGAGUUUGAUUUCUAGUUGGCGUCCAGAACGUUAGGUUUUGAUAUAAAGAUUUUCUAGGAGAACUUUGGCUUGGUAUCUUUAGCCUCCUCUUCUUUAUUCUUCACAUCGAUAUUUGCUUUCAUGUUUUCUUUGGUUCGUUUCCUUUUUCGGAAAGAGGGUCGGGGAGUUUUCCUUUUGGCUUAUAAAUACGUAAUGCGGUUUGUCUUUACAAAAGAGUCUUUACAACAGCGGUAAGUUUCAUUUAGUUAAGUAUUGUGCAGUCACCAUGAUAAAGACGAUUAGACGAUUUAGAAGUAUUUAGUCACCUUCAGUGGAUAAAUGUAUUAGUUUGACAAACAAGAUAAAAGUAAUUUGAGGACUUUGCUUUUAGCUGUUUAGAUUUUUCUGGUUUCUCUGUCUUUGCUGUUAACCUAACUGUGUAGCUGGAACAGUCAGACUUAUUUUUGUAAAUGUAUGUUCUUGUGUGAUGCAGUUUUUUGCCUCUGUCUCCGAUAUUAAACCAUUUUUCCUAA